AUGAAGUACUCCACAGUCCUUGCAGUCCUGGUUGCAGCUGCCGCAGCACGCCCAUCUCUUCUCCCCCGACAGGACAAGAACGCCAGCGCCGUCGAGGAUGUCGUCGCUUCAUUCCAGGCCCUGAGUGAGGCCCAGCAAGCCGAAGUCCUCAGUCAAGUCACUCAGGCCAAUGGACAGGCUGCGGCCGACCAAGCAGCUGCAGGGAAAGACGCCGCUGCCCAGGAUGCCGCUGCCCAGGAUGCCGCUGCCCAGGAUGCCGCCGCUCAGGAUGCUGCGCAGCAAGAACAAGAUGCUGCCGCUCAAGAGCAGGAUGCCGCUGCCCAACAGGCUGCGCAGAAAGAUGCGGCCGACCAAGCAGCAGCUGAGAAGGCUCAACAGGAUCAGCAGCAGCAGGAUCAGCAGCAGAACAACAAUGACAACAACAACAACAACAACAAUGAGGGCGACCAGAACGCCGCCGUGAAGGCGGUCGCCGCAGACGGUGGCAAGGCAGACGUGAAGGUCGACGGCAGCAAGUCGGACGACAACAACGCCAACGUGAACGCAGUAGCACUGGACGACGACUCGCUGGAUCUCGGAGACUUGAACCUGAACGUGGUGGCCACCAACGGGGCCAAGGUGAACGUGACGGUGGACGCUGGGUCGAUCGCGAAGUGGAUCAUGGACGGGGGCGCGGAGUGUGCGGAGGGGUGGAAGGCGAUGAGGAUGGUGGCCACGAGGGGCUACUGUUACCAGCAGGCUGCGGGUAAUGUUACAGCGUGA